UUUCCCUCCUAUUUCGAAAGAUCCCCAAAAGCUCGAAAUUUCCCGAAAAUUUCCCCGCCUUCGCCUCCGAUUUCGACCAGAAUUGGGCUUCAAAUCCCUUGAAAUCUCGCCAUUCGCACCGCCAAAUCUCUUGGAGCGAAGCCCUAACCCUAAAUCCCUUCAUCUCCUUAUCACUUUCGUGUCGAAAUCCUGUGAAAGCCCUAACAAAUCCCCAGAUCGGAACAAUACGAAGAAACUCUAGCUUCGCGCUCAUGGAGCCCGAUCAAAUCGGAGCGGGCUUGAGCAAUCUAGGAAAUACUUGUUUUAUUAACGCGGUUCUUCAAUGCAUCACUCACACUGUCCCGCUUGUGGAGAAACUUCGAUCGGUUAAUCACCCUCGCUGUUCUGCUGAAGACGAAGAAUUUUGUGCUCUUUGUGCACUGAGAGAUCAUGUAGAGAGAAGUAUAGCCAUGUCUGGACAUAUCAUUGUGCCAGAACAGUUUCCUAGCAAUUUGAGCAAAAUAUCAUCUGAUUUUGUGCUGGGUAGUCAAGGAGAUUCCCAUGAGUUCCUCCGCUGCUUGUUGGAUUCUGUGGAUAACUGCUGCCUUCAACCCAAAUCAAAAGAAAAACCAUCUUUGGAAGAAGACAGUCUUGUAAAGCAGGUUUUUGGAGGCCGUCUUAAGAGCCAGCUGAAAUGCUCUGAAUGCAACCAUCAUUCAGACACAUUUGAACCCUUGCUGGAUCUAAGCUUGGAAAUUAAUAAUGCUGAUAGCGUCACCGAAGCUCUGGAGUCCUUUUUUAGGGUGGAGAAGAUUGAUGAUGAAGAAACUAAAUUCACCUGUGGGGGCUGUAAUCACCAAGUCACAGUGGAGAAGCAGCUUACGUUGGACCAAGCACCUGAAGUAGUUUCACUGCACCUGAAGAGAUUCGAAAACAAUGGUCUUUGCAUUGAAAAGAUAACAAAGCCUGUGAAAUUUGAGUUGGAGCUGGAUUUGAAACCUUUUGUCAGCUCUACAAAUGCUGAAGGCCAGUUCACAUAUGAUCUAUAUGCGGUUGUGGUGCAUGUAGGUGAUGGAUGCAUGGCACAUUAUUAUACUUUCAUCCGUUCCUCUCCAUCAGCAUGGCAUUGGAUGAAUGAUUCCAAGGUUAUGGGAGUUUCGGAAUCAUUAGUACUUGAUGAGCCAGCCUAUCUACUAUUCUAUAAAAAGCAGGGGUCUUCGCCCUGGUUCUCAAGCUUCAUGGAGGCCCAGAAGAUGCUCAAAUGUAAUUCUCCUGAUCAUACCUCCCCAAUGUCUGUGUUUGAUUUUGCAGACAGAAAUCCGGUCCCUGUGUGGGAGGGACAGUUCAGUGGCGGCAGUUUGAAUGAUCCUCUAGAUAAAAAUGAAGAUAGUAUUCUGUUCACAUAUAGCCGAAGAUCAUCAAUUACUGUCAAUUCCCAAACAACUGUGGACCCCAGUCAAACACUGAUAGAAGGCAAACUUAUAAGCAAUGCUAACAGUGGAGAUGAGUCUCCAACAUGUCUAUCAAGGACACGACCUCCUAGAAGACCAAGACAGGAUGAUAGUUCUGUAGAGAUUAUUUUCCAAGAUGAACCUCUCGAUGAAGGUAAUGCUUGCCAAAUUCCACAAGCUCAUAUUGGAGACAAGGGCUUAAAAGAAGCAUCAACGCCUGCUAACAGGGCUUUAAACAAUAUAGCUGUGGAUGAGUCUUUUAGAAGAUUGGUGAGGGGAAUGCCUAGUGCUCGGAGAGCGGGGCUUCUCUCUUGCCUCCCCCAACACCAGCCUCAAUCUGGAAGCUAUCUCAUGGAGGGUCCCCGACCUCUUGAUCGAAAAAGGAGGAAGUGCUUCACAGCAUAACAUCAAGCACGCAAUGCACGUAGGCUGAGCACUCAACUCACUCUAGCAUGUAUUAUUUUUAAAAAUUUUCUGUCUUUCCUUGUUAUCAGAAGUUGAUUAUUAGGUUUCUGAAUCUCUGACUAUUGCUUCAUUUGGUAUAGUAUGAAUAACAAGAAGCCAUGUGUCCA